AUGGGUUUCCAAUGUUUCCACCACAAUUUAGGACGUUUCCGAAAUCUGAUUUCAGGCCCGUUGUCAGACUGCUGCCAUUUCGGCUCCGAGCACCUCCAGUCGCGGGGAACGCGUUUAUGCGGUGCUUGCGGCCCACUAGCCUUGCAGGAGGGCGACUCCAUGACUUCCUCGGCCGCCGCGGCGGCGGCGCGUGCCACGGCGGCUUGGAGGCUGUUCCAGGGAGAGGUGAAGGAGGGCCCUCCCCGACCUCGGCCAAAUGGAGCAGCUCCAAGGGCGACUGUGCAAGCGCCGUCCAGCCCUGAACUGGCUUGCCGCCUUACCGCCAUGAAAGCUCGCACAGCGCUGGCGGCCUUCGAAGAAAAGGCACGACUGCCUGCACCGGUGCCUGCGCAACGUCCUGCUCCAGCUCUGCUUAGUGCCAGAGGCGAGUCGCGUGUUUCCGCACCUGGGUCACCAGACCCGCUGAAGACCGGGGUGCAGGCACCCUACGCCACCGAAAGUCCCAACACGGUGAAGGGCGUCGCACGGCGGCGGACCUACCACGAGAAUUAUGAAAGUCGGCAAGCUGUGCACAACGGAGCUGUUCCUAUGACAGGCUCCGAGAGCUUAGCAUCCUUAGCCACUCAAGCUCCGGCCGGGGUUAUCAACGUGCAGCCGGGCAUGGAACAGUUUUCUGGUAGGAAAAGCCUAGUGGAGUCAGAGCAUCCGGCGGGCAGUGCCCGUCAGGAAAAAACCUUGGUGGCGCGUCGCCAGCAGCAGCCGCGGCAAGCCACCAACGUGCAACGCAGGCGUUCGCAACCCCAAGAGGGCUACCAAGAAGAGGAAAAGGCCAAACAACCUGUGGCAGUCGGUGACAAAAACAUCGCAAAGGUGGAGGACUAUGGCAAGGCCAAUCUUUUCCGGGCGCGUAGCAUCUUGCCCACUCUGAACGAGCGGCCGCCCGAGCGGAACGAGCGGCCGCCCUUGUCGGACCUUCAGGCCGGCUAUGCCGCUCCGGUCCUCUUGGGACAUCCCAUGAAUCGCGAGCCCGCACGAUCCUGGGAACCGUCGCGUGGUGGCAUCGAAGAUGCUGCGAAAAUGGUGAUAACUCCCUCUGGAUGCGGUGCAGCCAUGGUUUUCCGCCGUCGGGCGGUCGCGGUCGCGGUCGGGGCCUUGCUGGCGCUUCUGGGCCCCGCUUUCCUGGCACCGCGGGCACCGCGUCUGCGAAGUCGCGGACAGACACCCCGAACGCUGCGGAACGCAGGUGUUUCGAGCAGCGGCCUGGCACUGUGGCUCUUAGAGAAUGGGGCGGAGCUGAAUCCCCGCGCCAGUGUGCGCGAGGAUGAGGUGGGCCGAGGCAUUUGGAGCAGCGGUGCUCUGGACCUCGGUGCCGAGGUGGCGAAGAUCCCCUGGCGUUUGCUGCUGACGAAGGCCACAGCCAUGCGCAGCUUGGGGCUGUCGCCGCGGCUGGCGAAGGAGGUCGGGGAGUAUCCCUGCAUCGCCCUGCAGCUGAUCCAUGAGAAGUAUUUGCUGAAAGAGGAGUCCUUUUGGCACAGUUACCUGGAACUCCUUCCGGAGACGGAAGAGAUUGGGGCCUCCUUCACUUGGAACGAUGAUGACUUGGAGCUGCUGUCAGGCAGCCUCAUCAAAAACAUGUCCAAAUUUUUACGCGAAAAGAUCUCAGAGGAGUACCAGAGCAUCACCCAGAAAGUCUUCGCACAAAACCCAGAGCGAUUCCCCCAAGAUGUCUUUACACUUCCUCGCUUUCUCUGGGCCUAUGCGGUGUUGCUGAGUCGAUCUUUUCGCUUACGCCUUGAUGGCAAGGACGAGGUCAUUGCGCUUGUCCCUUGGAUCGAUUUUAUGAAUCACGAUCCCGAUUCCAAAGCCUACGUCGCUGCAACCCGCGAUGGCAACGGCCCCGCGGUGCUGUUGAAAACGGACCGGCCCUACCAGGGCGAUGAACAGAUCUUCGACUCCUAUGGCCGCAGAUCCAACGAUGAAUUGUUGCUGCUCUAUGGCUUCUCUUUGACUCGGAACGUCCACAACUUCGUGGAGAUUUCGCUGGUGGAUCUCUGGGCCAAAAGUGACUUGGCGCAGGCGAAGAAGACCUGGCUGAAGGCGCAAGGCGCCGAUGUGGAUGAGAUGCAAAGUCUGUGUCUGCCGCGAGGCUACUGGCCCCAAGAGACCAUGCUGUUGAUGCGGCUGUUGCUACUGACCCCCCGGGAUCUGAACCGGCGCGAUGCAAAUCUGUUGCAAUCCUUCAGCGAUUUGGGGAUGAAGAACGCUUUCAGCCCCUCCGUGGAACGUCGGGCGCUGCGCACGCUGCGCCAGCUCUGCGAGGAGCUGCUGCAGCGCUGCCCGGAGGAGCGGCGGCAAAGCGAUGCGCGGAUCAUGGCGGAGCCGGAGCUGCUGCAGCGGCUGCCAACCAAGGAGAAGUGUGCCAUCAUGACAAGGUAUGGCGAAGUGAAUGUCUUGGAAACCAAUGUGCGACGCAUCGAUCGAUUGUUGGAUCACAUCCCUUUUGUCUUUGAUAAGAAAGAAGCACGACGACAGCAGAUCUUUCCGGGACUCGCGGAGGAUUCCAAACCUGCUGACUUCGACAUUUUCCUGAAGGCCAUGGAAAAGCUGGGCCAUGCCGCCCGGCACCGCGGUCAACACAUCUUGGCCAAGAGCUCGCGAAACCGUGGACGUAAAACUCUGAUCCGUCACGACUGUCUACCUGGACGAGUCACGACGACGGACUACACCUCAUCAUCAGGAGGAUUUGAGGCGAAAAGCGAGCUGCGGCCACGCCAAAAGGUGACAACAGGUGAGCUCCGGCCGAACUCGAACUGGCGCUCGGUAUUGGGGAUCCCAACCAUCGGCUCCAAGGCGGCAGCGGGGAAGUGCUGUGACGGCCGGCGUGAUGGCGUAGACGUCGCGACACAAGACGUUGCGAUGACACGUGGAGAGGCCGAAAAAGAAAUGCGGUGUCAAGAUGUCGAGUGGAAGGAGUCAGACUGGGCUGCUUGGGAAGAAUCUUGGAAGAGCGGUUGGGACCAGUGGCAGUGGAAGGACGAGCAGGCCCCAACUGCAGGCGAAGGCCUACAACAGGCUUCGCAUGACUGGUGGGCACAGGGAGCAGAGCAGGCUGCUGCCUCUCAACAGCCAGAGAACGACGAGCAGGCUUCACAUGACUGGUGGGCACAGGGAGCAGAGCAGGCUGCUGCCUCUCAACAGCCAGAGAACGACGAGCAGGCUUCACAUGACUGGUGGGCACAGGGAGCAGAGCAGGCUGCUGCCUCUCAACAGCCAGAGAACGACGAGCAGGCUUCACAUGACUGGUGGGCACAGGGAGGAGAGCAGGCCGGCGCCUCUCAACAGCCAGGGAACGACGAGGCUGCUGUGUCUCAAAAGUCAGAGAAGGCUUCGCAUGACUGGUGGGCACAGGGAGGAGAGCAGGCUGCAGCCUCCCAAAAGCCAGAGAACGACGAGCAGGCUUCGCAUGACUGGUGGGCACAGGGAGGAGAGCAGGCUGCUGCCUCCCAACAGCCAGAGAACGACGAGCAGGCUUCGCAUGACUGGUGGGCACAGGGAGGAGAGCAGGCUGCUGCCUCUCAACAGCCAGAGAACGACGAGCAGGCUUCACAUGACUGGUGGGCACAGGGAGGAGAUCACGCUGCUGCCUCUCAACAGCCUAAUGUGAAGGAGGAGCAGGUUCCCACAGAUCAAGUGCCUGUGGCAGAUGAGGAGGAGGAGUGGGAACAUGACGAUUGGUUUCCCGCAAUACCACAGCAGGAUGAGAAAGUAAAGGAGGAGGACCAGGAAGAACCAGCAAAGACUGCAGACCAGGACGAAGCCCCGGAAAAUGAGCUGCCACCGGAGGCUCUCCUGCGCGAGGAUUUGCUGCAGGAGGGCAUGCCCUUCCGAGCCGUUGGCGAUGUGGAGGUUAGACAGGCGGCAAACCCACAGAGCAACUUCCUCUACACGCUUAGAGCUGGCAACAUGGUGACGUUGUCAGGCACUGUGCUGCGUGUGAAUCAGCCCGGUCCGGAGGGUGUUCUUGUCGGAACGCGCGUGGCGCGCGUUCCGAUCAAGCCGAGGGGCUGGGUCAAUGCCGACGCCUUGCAGCCCCUCUCGGAGCGCGGUGCACCUGGACUUGUCGCUGAACCAGGCAACCUGCCAACGGCACCUGAUGUCUCAGGUUUUCAGAACUUCGAAGCAGUCUUCGAGGAGCCAAGUUCUGACAAGGGCAAAGGCGGAGCUGGCUCCAAGAAAGGUGGCAAGAACGCAAAGAAGGGCCGUUCGAAGGAGAACCAGGAGAAGGAACAAAAAUGGCCCGAGGAGCAGUGGUCCUCCAAGGAUUCCAAGGUAUCCCAGGGUUAUGGCGCUGCGUGGCACGAGGAUCCGCUGAUGUCCAACGAUCCCUGGAGCAAGGCCAACGGAUCCAAUGGACAUUCCACUGACGAUCCGCUCUUCAACGCGGACCCUUGGGCCGCUGGCGCUGGCAGCGCGAGCGCUGGCCGCCGGCCGAAAGGGUCCGAGGACAACUGGUCCCAGGCGUGGAGCAAUGGAAAUGGACGAGCUCAGCAAUCGAGAACGGAGGAGAAAAACUGGACACAGGGCCGCGAGGACACGCAAUAUGGAGCGCGGGAUCCGAUUUUCGAGAACGAUCCCUGGGCGCAGGAGCAGCGUAAGCCUCUCCAGCCUUGGCAGCCACCGAAGGAGCCGGCGAAGCAAGAGGAUUUUUUAGAGGCGGCCUUGGGGCCUUUAGACUUGGCACAGGAGAAGCAGGACUGGGACCAGUUCAAGGCCAACGAGGAACUUUUCGGUGUGCAGAGUUCCUACAACGAGGCGGAAGAGAUCGCACAGGAACUUGAGAGUAAGGCUUCAGGGCGGCAUUUGGGCAAUGGCGCGCGUGAGACGCGGGACAGUUUGAAGGCCGAAGACGUCGAAAUCCUUUCUUCAGAGGACGAAGAGGCUCGCUUCAGUGCCGUGCAGGCACCUGCGCCACGCAGCCACUGGCCGAGCGAGUCUCGACGCCGCUAUGGCUAUGGCAAGGGCUCACCAGCUGUUCACCUGCAAGAUUUUCAGUCAGGCCCCUUGCUCGACGCGUACAUCAGUCAGAAGUACACCACGGAAAUCCAAGAGGAGGAGUAUCAGAAGGUGUGCCAGGUACUUCAGCGAACUCAGGCUGUUGUGCACCGCGCUGGAUUUGAGGGUGACGUGGUGACCUUUGGUUCCUCCGCGACAGGCUUCAAGUCUGUUGGCUCGGAUGUGGACGUGGCGUACACAGGGCACGUGAAGGACCGCAGUCCUGCUGGACAAGUGAAAGAGCUGUCACAGUUGGUGCGACAUCUCAAGGAGGAAUUUCAAGACGUCACUCCUGUUUUCGGGUCAAAAAUUCCUGUGGUCAAAUUCUAUGACCCCAUCACCGAGUUAGAGGUAGACUUCUGCAUCAAGAAUGAUUUGGGCAUUCGAAAUAGUCAGCUGCUGGACGCCUACUGCCGCUGCGAUCCGCGAGUGCCAGUGUUGGGAAGGCUAGUGAAAGAGUGGACCAAGACCCAUGAGCUGGUCGGUGUUCCCGAUGGAUGUUUGAACAGCUACGCGUAUAUGAUCAUGAUGAUUCACUACUUGCAGUCGCUCUAUCCCCCAGUCGUGGUGAACUUGCAGGAGCUGGCCACCGAGCCGCACUUGGUCAAGGAUGCCAAGUGGGGUGUGGACGUGCAGUGGGACACCAAGUUUUUGAACGAGGUUGAGAUGCUCCAGCCAUCAGACAACAGGAUGAGUAAUGCCGAGCUGCUUUUUGGUUUCUUCACUUUUUUUGGCCGGCAAUUCGAUUGGUCGCAGAAUGCCGUGUGCAUCAGCGACUCGGCCGGCGCCAUCCGGUUAGCCUGUGCCUUGCGUUAA